AUGAAGAGGAACGAUGAACUUCUCCACAUUGACGUCCACGUGGACGAAAGUGAACCACGCACAUCCGUUCUGGUCCUCCUCAGAAAGCUGAGACCUCACUGGAGUCAACAAGAUGUCCGAAUGAAGCCAUUCACCGAAGGCAUCACCAACCAUCUGCUGGGCUGUUCAGUGGACGAGUCCGAAUGCUUGCUGGUACGAGUCUACGGCCAACGGACUGAGCUCUUUGUGGACCGCCAGCGGGAGGUGGAAAUGUUCAGGCUCCUCCACGCUCAUGGUUGCGGCCCACAGAUAUACUGCACCUUCCGAAACGGCAUCUGUUACCAGUUUGUCCCAGGACACGUGCUGGAGGACAGGCUACUUUACCAGCCCGCCAUCUAUAGAUUAAUCGCCGCGGAGAUGGCGAGAAUCCAUUCUAUCCGUCCGCCGAACGCUCACCCACCCGAGCGUCUCCUGUGGAUCAAGCUGUCUCAUCUUCUCACGCUCUUAGAGAACAGCGGCAAACUCAACUGGCAGAGUUCCGCGUCCAGCCCACAACUACCCAGCUUGGCGAGGUUGUCGACGGAGGCAGAGUCACUGGAGCGGCACCUCACACCAUUGGGCUCGCCCACUGUGUUGUGUCACAACGACCUUCUUACCAAAAACAUCAUCCACGACCGCGAGCGGGGGACGGUGAGGUUCAUCGACUACGAGUACGCUGAGUACAACUACCAGGCCUUUGAUCUUGGCAAUCACUUCAAUGAAUUUGCAGGCGUCCAGGAUGUGGACUACAGCCGCUACCCGAGCCACGAUCUUCAAAAUGACUGGUUGGAGGCCUACCUGCUAAGCUACAAAAACUGCACUGGGCAAAAAGUUUCCGUCACCCGGGACGAGGUGACGCAGCUCUAUGUGCAAGUCUGCAAAUUUUCCUUGGCAUCCAACCUCUUCUGGGGUUUGUGGGCCAUUCUCCAGUCUUUCUACUCUUCAAUUGAUUUUGAUUUCCACAGAUAUGCCAUGGCACGAUUCAAUCGCUAUUUUGAGAAGAAAGAAGAAUAUUUUUCAUUACAAUGAAAUGGCAGGAGGGCAGCAAGGUGGCUGUUGUGGCUAGUACAUUUGCCAAAUGGUUCGUCAAUUGAUGACUCGUCUCUUGAAGACCUUUAAUGUCACUGUAGUGUCACUCUUAUCCCAAGGCAUCACACUACCAUUAGCAUGUUUGUUUGUUUGUUUUGAAUAAUUUAUCUUCUGAAAAGUUAUUAACGCAUCAUUAUUGUGUUAAAACUAGAUGCAUGGUAGCAAUGCUUUAUAUUUUCCAUAUUUUGGCCCUUAAACACCAAUUGUACAUCUAUUAGCAAACCCAAACCAUUUUUAGAUGAUUCCAUAAAUAAAUUGGAUUUUACAGUACACCCAGAACAACCUUUGUUGAAAAUGAACAAUUGAAAAUAAAGUGACCAUCAACAUGAAGCUGUUGGUCAUAAAUGAAACGUACAGCUAUCCGUAUUCAAUGUGUCGCUGGGACGAUGUCUGGUGGGUUUGUUUAAUCGCCUCCUCCAAAAAAGAACCGCAAUGCUUCUCAAAUUUAACAGUCAU